GCCCAUCCCCCCAAUUCAUUGUUCCCAAUCUCCCGCCGCCUCUCACACGCCCGUCGCCAGCUCGCAAUUGCGCGUCCGCCAUGCUCGCGCGCGGCCUUCUGUGCCGCUUAGCGGCCGAAGCACCCAAAACAUCAACAACCGACGUCGCCCAGCUGGCCCGCCUGCUCCAACGCAGCGCCAUUUCCAGAAAUGCACGGUCCCUACCACCUGCGUACGCUCUGCCUCGCGCCGUCAAUACCGUCUUUGCUGAAAUGCGCCGUCCGUAUGCCACGGCUACUGCUACCGGCAGCGCGACCGAGCCUACCGCAACGGUGAAGAAGGCCGUCAAGAAGGCGACGGCGAAGAAAGCCGCACCCAAGAAGACCGCCACCAGGAAGAAGGCAGCGAAGAAAGCUGCUCCCAAAAAGAAGAAGACGAAGGCUGCUGCGGCUAAGAAGACCCAGAAACCCAAGAAGGUGCUGACGGAUGAGGAGAAGCGCAAGAAGCUCAUCAAGGAACUCAAGGAGAGGGCCCUGCGCCAGCCCGUGUCAAAGAGAUCCGUUGCUGCGAGCGAUAUGUUCAUCAGGGACGCACUGGGGGGUUCGGAGGGGAGGACUACUACGCGUAUAGGGGAAGUUUGGGCCAAGUUCCGAGCUUUGACGCCUGCGGAGCGUGAGCACUACAACCAUCUCGCCACAGAGGAGAACGCUGCACGCGCCAAGCAGUACAAGGAUUGGGUCCACAGCCACACGGCUGAGGAGAUCCGCGUUGCCAACGUCGCGCGCGCUCGCCUGCGACGCCUGUUCAAGGCCGAACAGAAGAAACCGCCCAAGAACACGGCAAAGAUCGAGGACGACCGGCGUGUGAAGAAGAGGACUCCGUUCAACAAUUUCUAUACCGAGCGUCUGGCAUCGGGCGAUUUCAAGGGCAUCGAAGCCAAGGAAUGGCUCAAGCUGGCGUGGAAGGAGUGGAAGGCGUUGACCGAGGCGGAGCAGCAGAAAUACGAGACCCAGGCAUGAGCGACCAAUUCUGCUGCUCAAGCCUGGCGUGACGGCGGAUAUGCGCAUGUUAAGGUCGCCUCGGUUUGAUGUUGUGUAUCCAAGUGCUUCCUGUGUCAUGUUACUCGCUGCGAGUUCAAGCAGUGGUAGUCGAGGCGUUUGCCCUGGUGCACCGCUUUUCGACCUCUGAUUUUGACGUUGACGCUGUCUACCUACCAUGUCAGUUUUCCUUGUGAUUCUUCCGGAGGUAUCGUGCACUCGGCCUCGCUGCGCGUUGGUCGAAAGCCAGGAGGAGUAUCAUUGGUGGACGAUGGCUGGGAAUGGUUGGAUCGGGUUGUAUUCCACCCCCUCGGAUUGAUCUGGUCUCUGGUCUGUGGGCCCCGUUUUUUCUUUCCUCGGUUCGGUUUAGAAGCGCCAUGUAGGAGUCCCAUGCACUCCGUCUGGAAUUGCUUUGUAUUCCCCUGUUUGAUUCCGUUUCUGUAGUGUUUGUUCCGAUGGUAUAGUGUAUGGG